AUGCAGACAGAGAAGGCCUAUAUACUUGGAGAAGCAAUGAUUUACAUGAAACAACUUCAAGAGAGAGUAAAAGAGCUAGAGAAUGAUCAGAACAAGAGGAGAACAUCAGAUUCCAGAAUAUUCAUCAAGAAAUCACAAAUCUGCCCAAAAGAGGAAGCCAUGCCACCACCCCUACCUCAGGUUGAAGCUAUGGUGUUGGAAAAGGAAGUUCUCAUUGGAAUCCACUGCCACAAACAAAAGGAUAUUGUGCUCAAAAUUAUGGCCUUGCUUCAAAAUCUCCACCUCUCUCUUGCGAGUAGUAGUGUAUUGCCAUUUGGGACUUCCACUCUAAAAGUCACAGUCAUUGCCCAGAUGGGUGACAAAUACUCCAUGACAGUGAAUGAUCUAGUAAAAAGCCUGAGGCAAGAUCUCCUGACGAAGUCACAUGACAUUCAAGAGUCACGUUCCUAA